AUGGUUCUGGUUGAAGAUGUUUCAUCAAAUACAAGUUCACCAACAAAUGAAAAUAAUGAUGCCAGCACUGCUUCUGCUUCAGCAGCAGCAGGAUCAUCACCUAGAACUUCAGCUGAAACACCUCCGCGCGGAAACACAUACCCAUCACCUUCAUUAAUGAAUGUUUUAAUGGAACGGAAAACUGAUACUGUCUUAUUAUUGUCGCGUUUAGCAACAAUAGUAUUCACACUACUUUAUAUAUUACCAUUUUUUCGUUCAAGUGCUGAUCCCAAUGUUUAUUACACAAAAGCUUUAUUAUCAUCAGCCGUUACAUCAAUAUUACGUCUUCGACAGCGUAUAUCAACAUUUCAAUUGUCACGUGAAUUUCUCUUAAAUCUAAUCCGCGAAGAUAGUGCACAUUAUUUAAUGUAUUCAUUUUUAUUUCUAACUGGCUCACCAAUGACAAUCGUUCUUAUACCAAUAACAACCUAUGCUCUACUACAUUCAUCGUCAUUUUUAGCACAAAUAUUAACCGAUUAUCCAGCCAUCAAAUCUUAUCUUGAUCGUAUCACUGAAAAACAUGCACAUCUACUACGUUUUGUUGCAUUAAAUGAAAUAAUUCUUAUGCCAUUAUUGAUUCUAUCAAUAUUUGCUGCACGUUCAAAUCUGUUACUUAUAUUCAUGUAUUACCGAUUUCUUACAUUACGAUAUACAUCGCAUAGAAAUCCAUAUACGCGUACAUUAUUCUAUGAACUUCGUCAGCGUACAGAAUAUUUAUGUAGUCAACCAAGUUGUCCAGCAAUUGUUAGUCGUAUUUGUUAUACUGCAAUUACUUUCAUUAAUCGAUUAGCACCGGCAACUGGUUAA